GGUGGUAGUCUCCAGAGCUACUUGAAGAAUUUGAAUGAGAAUGGGAGACAUAUGGAAGAACAUCAAGUCGGAGUGUGGGCAGUUCAAUUAAUUAUGGCUCUUAACUUCUUGCACAAGAAUGGACAUCUGCAUGGGGAUGUCAAAUCAAGGAAUAUUUUCCUGAAGAACGGACACGUGAAGCUGGGCGGUCUUGAGCAAUGCCGUUUGCCAGCAACUACAUCGAAAAUUUACGAUCCAUUUUCCAAAACACUGUACCGCCUGAGUCCAGAAGUGUUGAAAGAGGGGGUUUACACACACAAAGCUGAUGUCUGGUCUCUGGGGUUGGUUAUUUAUGAAAUGUGCACUCAGGAAUAUGCCUUAAAUGGAACAGGCCUCAUCCGUGUCCUCUGGCAGUCGAUUCAGCAGUCAUGUCCAAGGCUACCUCCACCUUAUUCAGAUGAACUGCAACAUCUAAUAGAUGCCAUGUUAACAAAGGAUCCAGAAACUCGACCGAAUACAUCCGAACUGUUCCACUACCCCUUUCUGACGCGUCAGUUGUUCGAUAUGAACCGAAGACUCAAGCUUGCCAACAUCGAAAUAUCAGGUAUACCAAUCCGUGAACAGUUGGAUGAACUGCGAAAAUUCUGGGAAGUUCCUGUAGAUUCUACUCACUCACAAGGAGACGAGUUGAUAGAAAUACUGCCGGACAACACUCAUCUGGAAGACGACAACCCCGUGCUUCACCUUGAAGAAAGUUUCUCAGAAGUGGUAAAAAGUGACGCCACCGAAGCUGAUGAUGCUGUAAUUGAAAGCAAAGUGACGCAGGAAUCAAGAACUGAUACAAAUGCGUCAAAGAACGGGUCUCAGGAUGAACAAUUAUCCACAUAUCCACAAGAAAACAAAAUGCUUAUGCACGUUUUCGAGAAAAGCGCUCGUUUCCAAACCGAUUUGGUUUUCAAGGGAGACUCAACUAGAUCUCUCGUUUAUGAUAUUCUACAACUGAAUGUGCUGCACACAGGCCGCUUCAUGUUUCAGUUGACAGAAAAUUUUAUACCCUGGCACGAAAAGCAAAGGUUUCACCUACCGGAAGAGAAACUAUUACAAGAGCUGCGUUCUUUAGCAAGUGCGGUUUUGAGAACGAAAACUGAUGUCGAUGAGGCUGAAGACUUGGUUUGGCCAGCUCCUACUGCUAUUUUUGGGAACAUUUCACAGCCGGAUAACGUCCCGCUGAAAGAGUAUACUAUUCAAAAAACACAGAAGAUGCGACGCUGUUAUCCAGAAGAACCAUCCGCACCGUAUUUGAAUAAGGGAACCCAGGUAGAGAAUGGGCAACGAAAAAUUACUAAGAAAAUCUAUGAUGAACAACCGAAGUUCCCCGAAUACUGGAAACUUUAUACGGAAAAUUGGGUAACUGAACAAAGUAGCAAGCCCAGGAAGGGGACAAACGGUUCGCUACAGCCAGUGCUCGAGACUACGAAAGACAAGGAGCAACCAGGGCUUGUGCAACAGUACCAGCUCUCUUGCUCUGAAACAGCCCCAGCCGACCUUAACAGACAAACACUCAUGACCGUCACAAACAAGCCUAUGACAUUCUGUGAGCCCCAACUAAUCGACAUCAAUAUCUCGAAGGCCACCAUUCUCAAACAGGAAAAGCAGCCGAAGCCAACAAGAUCAAAUGUAACUCCACGUUUGGUUUCUAGUGAUGACAAAUCUGAGGAACACGAACCGUUCCUUGGGGAUCUUGCAGAGACGAGCACUGCUGAAGAAAUGCAAGUAUCCCUUGAAAAGUUGUCGAACUCCCCUUGCGGAGAAGCAGAAUACCAGGCUUCGAGUCGACCCGAAAUACCGAAAUUGAGGUUUGAUGUGAAGUGGAUAGACGCGGCCAACCUACGCAACUCAUGUGUUACCGAACUUGGGCCAGAGUUAUUUGCAAAGGUUUACAGUUUCCUGUAUACUAAAAGGAUUGAUGAACAAAAUACGGCCGACGAACUAACGAUUGUGAACGGGCUGCGUACACUUCUCAAAGAACCAUCUGUAGGAUUUGCAGUGGACCAGUUGGUCUUACUGGAACACGUGCGAAACACGUAA